AUGUCUCCAAUCGCCAUCACACCUGACAACAGCUCCACGGCGAGCCCAUCCGGAGAGAGUGUCAGCGGUUACUUCCAUGUCAACGGAUACCCCAAUGGCCACACCAACGGCCACACCAACGGAGACACCACCGGUCACGCCAACGGACACGCCAAUGGUCACACCAAUGGCAAUGGCAACGGCCAUUUGAACGAUCAUACCAACGGUCACUUCUACGGACACUCGAGCAGCCAGUCUAAUGGCGAUUCGAACGGGGAAGCCAAUGGCUUUGGCGGAAGCCAUGCCAACGGCGCCCCUGUAGAUCAACCCUCUUCUUCUAAACCAAUGCAUAUUGCUAUCGUUGGGAUGGCCUGUCGCAUGCCUGGAAAUGUCGCAACUCCCGCCGAAUUUUGGGAGCUAUGCACGCGCGCGCGGUCAGGAUGGACUAAGAUUCCAAAGGAACGGUUCGACAACUCUCGCUUUCAUCAUCCAAAUCCAGGGAAAGGGGGCGCUUUGAACCCAGUAGGGGGAAACUUUCUCAACGUUGACCUGGCGGCAUUCGACGCCCCUUUCUUCGGUCUCACCGAGAAGGAAGCCAUAUCCAUGGACCCCCAACAACGGCUACUUUUGGAGUGCACAUUUGAGGCUCUUGAGAAUGCCGGUAUCCCCAAACAUGACAUCGUCGGGAAGGAUGUGGGAGUAUUCGUUGGAGGGUCUUUCCCGGAGUAUGAAUCUCACUUGUUCCGGGACCCGGACACAAUCCCCAUGCACCAAGCAACUGGUCACAUGGUCGCCGUACAUUUGGCUUGUCAGAGCCUUCGGGCUAAGGAAACCAGUUGCGCCCUCGUAGGAGCGUGUCAUUUGAAUAUGCUACCCGAGUUUUGGAUCUCGUUUUCCACCUGCAGACUGCUUUCAGACACGGGGCGUUCUUUUGCGUUUGAUGAUAGGGGAACCGGGUUUGGGCGCGGCGAAGGUUGUGGGAUGCUCGUCUUGAAGCCGCUUGAUCAAGCUAUCAGAGAUAACGACACCAUCCGAGCAGUUAUCGCGGGCACGGGGUUGAACCAAGAUGGGAAAACACCCGGCAUUACGAUGCCUAAUGGGUCGGCUCAAGAGGUGCUCAUGAGACAAGUUUAUGCGAACGCGGGGCUGGACCCCAACGCAUGCGGCUUCGUCGAAGCGCAUGGAACGGGCACAAGAGUCGGAGAUCCGAUAGAAGCUACUGCUAUCCGCAACGUUCUAGGGUUGAAGAGGACAAUACGGCUUGCGGGCAUUAUCAAGGCCACACUGAUGUUGGAGCGCGGGUUUAUCCUACCCAAUUACGAUUUCAAGCACCCAAAUCCGAAGAUCCCCUGGAAAGAAUGGAACCUGAAGGUUCCAGUCCACCAGAAGCCAUGGCCACGGGGGAAGAAGUACAUCAGCGUGAACAACUUUGGAUUUGGUGGGACGAACGGCCAUGUGGUUCUUGAGGCUGCGCCCUUUCGCAAACCUAGGGUGUCUCCCAACGCGGGUACCGACACUCCCGAAGACCCGGCACAUGGGAGAAAGCUCUACGUCGUCACGGCCAACGACAAGAACGCGCUCGCUCAGGUAAUGAAGAACCUGGUCAUCUAUCUUGAGCAGCGACCGGAGAUUUUCCAGAAGGAUCUCACAUGCAACUUGGCUUACACCCUGGGACAACGCCGGUCCCUCCUGCAAUGGAGAGCGGCGGUCCCGGCGCUCAAUUCCUUUGAGCUCAUUGAAGCUAUCAACAGCGACAAGUUCAUUUCUGGCAAAGAAGUUGAGCCGCUAAGGAUUGGGUUCAUUCUCACCGGGCAAGGUGCACAGUGGCACGCCAUGGGGCGAGAGCUAUACGAACAAUACCCGGUCUUCAGCAGCAGCAUCCAGCGGGCUGAGCGCUGCUUAAUCAACAACGGCGCAGACUGGUCGUUGACGGAGGAGUUAGGCCGCGACGCAAAGGAAAGCCAGGUCAGCCAAGCUCACAUCAGCCAGCCGUCGUGCAGCGCGAUCCAGCUCGCUCUCAUUGACUUGUUACGGUCAUGGGGUAUUCGACCUACUGCGGUUGCUGGUCACUCGAGUGGUGAAAUUGCGGCAGCGUACGCGGCCGAGAUCAUUGAUUUUGACUCGGCCAUGGCCAUCGCGUACCACCGUGGGCGGCUCGUCCCUAUUCUGAAGGAAAGGCACCCCGAGCUCCGCGGCCGCAUGAUGGCCGUUGGUGGCAGCAAAGAUGAGUUCUUGCCCUUGCUCGAGGGGCUCAAGGAGCGGGAAGCCCGCAUCGCUUGCUACAACAGCCCCACGAGCCUAACAAUCUCCGGAGACGAGCCAGCCAUCGCCGAACUUGAGAAGAUUUGUGAGGAGAAGCAGGUCUUCAACCGCCGUCUUGUGGUCGAUGUGGCCUACCACUCCCACCACAUGAACCUGGUGGCUAAGGAGUAUCGGGCAUCCCUUUCCCACUUACCAUCCCCGGUUCCUACCGACAUCCGGUUCCAUUCAUCCCUGGUUGGGCAUCUGGUUGAUGGCACCGAGCUGCAGCCGAACUAUUGGGUCGAGAACUUGACCUGCGCAGUGCGGUUUAACGAGGCUCUGCAAAGCAUGCUGGAGCCGACCGGUGACCACAAGCAUGGUGUCAAUAUGCUCGUGGAACUUGGGCCGCACUCCGGGCUUCAGGGGCCCAUCAAGCAGGUGUUGAAGGCGGUCGGCGGAAGCGCUCCCAAGAUUCCAUAUGCCUCGGCUCUUAUCCGCAAACGCGACGCAGUCGAGACUGCGCUCGAGCUUGCGGCCAAUCUCUUUUCCAAAGGCGCGAGUCUGGACUUCGCAGCCAUCAACUUUCCCACGCCAACAAAGCCUCCAGUGCUCCUCACCGAUCUGCCACGGUACCCAUGGAACUACUCCUCCAAGUACUGGCAGGAAUCCCGCAUGACAAAGAUGCACAAACACGCACCAGGAGGCCGAAGCGAUAUCAUUGGGACACUAGCGAACUACUCCAACGAUCUUGAGCCUACUUGGCGCAACAUCGUGAGGCUCGACGAUCUUCCCUGGCUCGACCACCACAAGAUCCAAUCGCUCACAAUCUUCCCCAUGGCCGGGUUCAUAGCCAUGGCGCUCGAGGCUGCAUUCCAGAGAGCGACCCAGCGGGAUAGCCCGUUCAGCCAAUUUGAGCUCAGGGAGGUCUCUGUAACCAAGCCUCUCGUCAUCCCAGACAAAAACACGGAAAUGACCAUCGCUCUUCGACCGAGCCAGGAAGCCUCUUUUGGUGCAAAAUGGGACGAGUUCCGAAUUUGCUCGUGGUCCGCCGAACAAGGGUGGGCCGAGCAUUGCACUGGCAUCAUUGCCGCGCUGGAACUGGACGAGAACCCCGUGGACAGCGCUAGGCAAGCUUGCGAGGCGAAAGAUCGUCUGGCAUCUGCUAUCUUCAGCUUGGAGGACACCAAAGGCGCAUCUGUUAACCCGAACAGCAUGUAUGACACACUGGAGGGGUUGGGUGUAUCAUAUGGGCCUCUGUUUAGGGGCGUGGCCGGCUGCCGUGCGUCGGGGAACUGCGCAAUGGGUGAAGUCGCGGUGCCAGAUGUGGCAAAGGACAUGCCGAAUGGCCAUUUGACCGAUGCGCUUGUACAGCCGGCGUUCCUGGAGUCACUUAUCAGUAUGUACUGGCCCGUCGUGGGGGCGGGUUCCCGCGAUAUCAGUACCAUCUACCUACCAUCUUCAGUGGAUCGCAUCACUGUCUCUCUCGGAGUUAGAAAGUUUAGCAAAGAACCUGGGAGCAUAGUCCGAGCGGUCUGCGAGGGGGAGAUCGCUGCAGGCUCCCCCAAGCCAACGAAGGUCAACGUGACUGCCGUGGCUGGCAAGGACAGUACCGAGACACUCAUCUCUCUGGAAGGUCUUACCAUAGCUCCAAUUCUGGAUGGGGAGUCCGAGACAGCACAAGAUGGCCCACGAGAUCUCUGCUACAAGUUGGAGUGGGAUCCGGUUCCCCAGCCUAACACCAACGACCAGAAAUUCACACUAGAUGCCAGCGCAAUUAUCAUUCACGAGAACUCCAGCUUCCAGGGCCUCGUGGCGAUGUGUCUGGCCCAUUCCCUCGAGCAAAUCACAGGAAAGCGCCCCGAGAUAGGCACACUCGACACCGUGGACGCCACCGGAAAGAUCUGCGUUUUCUUGAACGAGCUGCACCAGCCAUACCUAGCCACUCUCACACCUGCCCAAUUUCAGAGUCUCCAAAAGCUCUUGACCUCUGCCGAGGGGGUUCUGUGGGUCGUGAGGGGAGCAUAUGGUAACUCUGCCAACCCAGAUACCAAUAUGGUGACCGGUCUGAGUCGGAGCAUCCGAUCAGAGACGAUGAUGAAAUUCGCCACGCUUGACCUGGACGCCGAGUCCGGUUUCCAUGAGUUCGAUACCGUCGAUGCUGUCAUCCGGAUCUUCGGCCUCGUUUUCGGCAGCUCGGCGCCCUCGGGAGAGCUAGAGUUUACGGAAAGGGCUGGGGCAUUUUACACCCCCCGAAUUGUCCAUGACACGGAGAUGAAUGAGUAUAUUUACAAGCAGACCAACCCAUCGGCUCUACACGCAACUCCGUUUGGCGAAGCCGGCCGAACCCUGAAGAUGGAAAUGGCAACUCCAGGGGAUUUGGGGACGGCUUACUUUGUGGACGACUCCGCAACCGAACAGCUACUCGAAGAUGACGAGGUCGAAAUCGAGGUCAAGGCCAUUGGCCUGAACUUCACGGACGGCAUGGUUGCUACGGGGUUGGCGCCUCUCGGGAGUUGCGGUAUCGAGGCUAGUGGAAUCAUCACAGCCGUUGGUGCCAAGGUCAGCAGCCUCAGGACUGGCGACCGCGUGGCAGCCCUCACACAAGGAGCCUUCUCCGCCCGGACGCGAACCAAAGCAUCCUUCACGUUCAAGAUUCCUAGGGACGUCACCUUCGAAGCCGGCGCCAGUCUCCCCCUUGCGUAUUCCACUGCCUACUACGGCCUCGUCGAACUCGGCCGUCUGAACGAGGGCGACUCGGUGCUCAUCCAUUCGGCCGCCGGCGCCGUGGGCCAAGCCGCUAUUUGUGUCUCACAGAUGGUUGGGGCCGAUAUCUAUGUUACUGUUGGAAGCGCCGAGAAGAAGGAACUGUUGCAGAGCGAGUACGGCUUGCAGGAGGACCACAUCUUUUACAGCCACAACGGCGGGUUUGGUGAGGCCGUUCGUCGGGCGACGCGGGGUGAGGGCGUGGACGUGGUGUUGAACUCUCUGACAGGCGACGGGCUGCGGGAAUCGUGGAAGUCUUUGAGCAAGUUUGGCCGUUUCAUGGAGAUUGGCAAACGCGAGAACGGUAGUGGUGGGGCUAAGGCCCGGCUGGAGCUUGAUGCGGUCGACAGCAAUGUCAGUUUUAUGGCUGUUGAUAUGUUGACUUUGAUCGCGGAACGGCCGAGGGUUGUGAGGCGUCUGUUGGCGGACGUUGCGCAGAUCUUGAAGUACGGCAAGGUGAGGCCGGUGACACCCAUCACGCGGUUCUCGAUCUCGGAGGUCGAAUCCGCGUUCAAGGCACAGCUGGCCGGUACCACGAUGGGCAAGCUCGUCGUUGUGCCGGGCGCGACGGAUAUCAUUAAGGCGGAGAGAUCCAAAAAGGUCAAGCACCUUCUACGUCCCGAUGCCACCUACAUUCUUGUUGGCGGUACGGGUGGCCUGGGUCGCAGUAUGGCCCGCUGGAUGGUAGCGAAGGGUGCGCGGACCGUUGUCCUCGUGUCCAGGAGCGGCUCUGUGACCGGUCGGGUGAAGGACCUUGUCGAAGAGCUCGGGGCUGUCGGGGCCAAUAUUAUCGUUCGCCCUUGCAAUGUUGUCAAUAAAGCAGAUGUGAACGACCUGAUCAACGUUGGAUUGGUUGGUUUGCCGCCUGUUCGCGGUGUAGUACAUGGGACGAUGGUACUUAGGGACGUGCUGUUCGAGAAGAUGACUUGGGAGGACUACAACCAAGUCAUUGAGGGCAAAGUCCAAGGCGGGUGGAACUUCCACCACGCCCUCGAGGCCUGUUCCCUGGAUUUCUUUGUCGCGAUCUCAUCGGCCGCCGGCGCUGUCGGGAACAGAGGGCAAGCCGCCUACAGCGCAGCCAAUUGCUUCCUCAACGCGCUCGUCCAGCACCGCCGAGCACAAGGUCUGCCGGCUUCGUCUCUCGACCUAACCGCCGUCUCUGACUCAGGCUACCUGGCCGACGACAAGGAGAAGGCCGCUGAAGUGGCUCGUAACCUCGGCAGCGACAGUAUUUGCGAGAGCGAGGUACUCGCGCUCCUGAGUGCCGCCAUCGACGGUACGCUAUCAACGGCCUGCAACGGCCACACCAUCACAGGCAUGCGAAUCACAGCCACGAUGCGACCCUUCUGGACCGACGACGCCAAAUUCCGCGCGAUGCGUUUAGCCGCUGAAGAAGAAGCCGCCGCGCUCAACAGCGCUUCGGCAUCCUCUGCCGCGACCAUCUCGUUCAACGCGGCCCUCAAAGCGGCAGGAUCCCGCGCUGAGGCUGAAGAUGCCGUGUGUCGCGGGCUGGUGGACCGUAUUGCGACGGUGUUGAUGAUGGAUGUUGAGGAUUUGGAUAUCACGAGGCCGUUGUCGAAUUACCCGCUUGACUCGCUGGUGGCGAUUGAGAUUCGGAAUUUCAUCACGCGUGAGUUUGAGGCGAACAUGCAGGUGCUGGAGUUGCUGUCCAGCGGCUCGAUUCAGAUGUUGGCGAAGGGGGUUUGUGCGAAGAGCAAGAUUCUGCCGGACGCAGCGAAAUGA